GGGACGGAAUGUGAGAGUGGAGGAGAGGAGAAGAGCAGAGACGACAAGAAAGUGAGCAGAACGCUUAGCAGGAUGAAGAGAGAGGGGAAAGCGGUGGGGGAAGAGGGUGAGAAGAAGGCAAGCAGGACGCUGAGCCGAGUUAAAAGAGAGGGGAGGGAGUCGGAGGAUGAUAGUGUGAAGAAGAUGAGCCGGACGCUGAGUAGGAAGAAGAUAGGAGACGCGGGGGUGAUGAGGGAGGAAGUGGAGGAGGAUGCAGAAAAGAAGAUGAGCCGAACUCUGAGCAGGAAAAAGAGAGCGGAAGAGGAGAUGAAGGAGGAGGGGGAGGAGGAGGAGGGGAAGGACAGGAAGGUGAAGAGGUCUUUAAGCAAGAUGAAAAGGGAGGAGGUGGAGAGGAGUGGGGAUUCGGAGGUAGAGGUUGAGGCAAAGAAGCAUGAAGUUAAGGAAGUGCAGCACGGAGCUAAGGAGGAGAAGAAGGCGAGUCGGACAUUGAGUAGGAUGAAGCGGGAAGGGAAGGAGGAGCAGGAGGAGGAUGUAGAGAGGAAAGCGAGCCGGACGCUUAGUAGAGUGAAGGGAGAGGAGAAUGGGGUGGAGGAGGGUGGAGAGAAGAAAGCAAGCAGGUCGUUAAGCAGAGUGAAGCAUGAGGAGAAGGAAACUGCGGCAGUUGAGGAGAAAAAAGCUAGCAGGACACUGAGCAGAGUGAAAAGGGAAGGCGGGCACAUGGAGGGGGAUGGGCAUGGGGAGAAGAAGGCAAGCAGAACUCUAAGCAGGGUGAAGAGAGACGAAAACGAGGCUGUAGGUGGUGGUGGUGGUGGGGAGAGCAGCACGCGCAAAGCCACUCGCAGCAGCAGCCACGGGCGCGAGGCCUCUCAUGCGCAUGAGGCCACUCACAGGCGUGUGAACUCCCAUGGCCAUGACAGCUUUCACAGCCACGCGAGCUCUAGAAGCCCAGGGAGCACGGGGGGACAGGAGCCAGCAGAGGGAAAGACAAAUGUGAGAGAGGCGGAGGGGAGGAAAGCUGCUCGCACUCUGAGCAAGCGAAGGUCUGAGGGGACAGAGAAAGGCACCGGGAAGGGGAAGAAGGUGGAGGAAUCUGCAGAGGAGAAUCAGCAGGGGAGGGCUCCCAGGCCUAGGACGGCUGAUAGUGGCGGAGUGGGCGGUGGGGGAUGGGUGCAGCUAGGGUUACCAAAGCACGGAGUUGUAACCAUGGGACUGCAGGACCAGCUGUCGCCUCCUGUUUCGACGGUUUCAAGCGGAAUCUGGAAGGCCCUAUCAUCGUUUGCCACGUCGCCGCGUGCCAGCUCGUCGCAUGCCAUGCCGUAUGCCACGUCGCCGCUGAUGUCACCGACUGGGUCAUCGCCUUUUGCCACCCCUCCUCUGGGCUCGCCCACCCCUCCUAGAUCACCUCCGUUAAAGUCACCCACUCUCAAGUCGCCCACUCUCAAGUCACCCAAAAUGAAGUUACCCUUCAUGGAAUAUGGCAAGACCCCCAAGCUGAGCAAGAGCAAAUCGGCUAAGGCGAGUGGUGACAAGGAGGAGCGGGAUCGGGAAAAGGAGGACAAGGAGAAGGGGAAGAAGAAAAAGGAGAAAUCGAAGGGAAAGGGGAAGGGGGACCAGGGAAAUGGUGAGAAGGCAAGGGCUAAGAGCCCUAUGAAGGGUGUAUGAAGUUAGUAGGGAAGGGGAGAUGGGUAGUGAAUAAUGAGGAGCACCACCACCAUUUAGAAGAGCAUUUGCGUACGGUAUCUCUUGCCAAGGCAUGGCCCAACUUGUAACCCAAAUAUGGGUAUAGGUUGCCUUUUAUAUAAAUCAAGGCAAUGCAUACAUACUGCAUUGGCGAUUGCAGUGCACUUUC